UGGGGGUGGGGGGCGGGGCUCGGACCUUUAGGCCUUCUGUCAUCUCCGUGAGUGGGAGUGGGUGGAUUUAGGGAGCAACCGGGCUGGGCCAGCGGGCGGAGGGCCCUGAAGCGGGGCUGUGUCCCAGAUCAGCAGGCCAGGGACAGGUGAAGUGAGAUCAGGAAAUAGGCCAGAUGUUGGGGGAAGAGGCCAGGUAGUGCCUUCCCUGGGCCUCUGUGGUUUUCCCAGCAGGUGUCUUAAACCCAUUGUGAGCCUUCCAAGAAGCCCCGCCCACUGGGCGCCACCCAGGUAGGAGUGACACAUUGUCUCAGAGCUGCUGAGCUCAGGCAGAAACUGCCAGGUGCCUGGGACUCAGCCCACCUCGGAGGAGGAAAGUCGGGCCCAGCAGGCUGAGCACCGGCCAGGGAGGCCAGGCUUGGCAGCUCAUUACCCUGGGAGGGAGGGCGGGCAGUUUCUCCCCCUCGCCCGGCCUCUUCCUCCUCCCUUCCUCCCUCUCUCCCUGGCCUUCUUCCUUGCUGGCUCCUCUCCUGCGUGGUCAGACAGAGCCCAGGCUGAUCCGCAGGCAGAGACCUGAGGCUCCGCCGCCGCUCCAGGAACCCAGACGCACAGGGCAAGUGAAGAUCCCGCAGCUGCCUGCAGCCAUGUCCGCCCUUGGCCUGAUCCUCCUGGGCCUGCUCAUGGCAGUGUCUCCUGCCAGCUGCCAACAAGAGGCUUCUUGGGUCACAGGCGUGGGGAGACUCCAGCCCUGGGUGCAGGGCCUCAUCGCCGUGGCUGUGUUCCUGGUGCUCGUGGCCAUCGCCUUUGCCGUCAACCACUUCUGGUGCCAGGAAGAGUCGGAUCCUACGAACGUGGUCAUGACCGUGGGAAACAAGUCCGAUGGGGUCCUGGUAGGCAUGGAUGGCAGGUACUCCUCCACGGCGGCCGGCUUCAGGUCCAGCGAGCACGAGAAUGCCUACGAGAACACCCUGGAGGAGGAGGCCAAGAUCAGAGCCAGCCAGAGUUGGUGCUCAAGCCGUGUCCAGGCCCUGGGGUCUUCCCAGGAGUCUCCCCGCAGGAUAGAAGAGCCUUCCGAAGAGGACAGCCCGCUCGACACCGCCCGCCCGCCUCACGGCUCCGCCCUGACCCGUGUGGAAGGGCCCUUAUUUCUGUGAAAUAAAGACUUUUUGUACUCCUGGGGCUGAGACCCCAGGCCUCCGGCGA